AUGGCAAUGGAGAGAAACGCGACGCCUCCCCGCCUCUCGGCCUCGUCGUCGUCGGCGGCCGCGUCGCCUUCCACCGUCGGGGCCCUCCUCCUCGCGAAGGUGGGCUCAGCGGAGGCUGCCGCUGCCGCUCCCGCGCGCGAGUGCCCCUCCUCGCCGCGCUCGCUGCUGUCGCGCAUCCUCCACAGGCGCGGUGGCGGCGGUGGGGGAGGAUUCGGGUGUCGUAUUCGUCUCCCCCGCUACUGCUCCAGCGGCGCGGCCAAGGACAACGCCGCUGAGUACGCGGCGGCGGAGGUGGAGGCGGUGGCGGUGGCUGCCGCGCCCAAGGUGGUGGGUGACCAAGCGGUGGCUCGCGAGUCGCCUCGGAUUUCUCUCGGGAAGAAGGCGGCGGAGGAGGUGUCGCCGGCGAGCCUGGGGCUGGGCGCGAGUCUCGUGCUGCUGAUGUCCAAGAGCGCCGCGGAGCUGAACAGGAUGGCGGAGCUGCGCGCCCAGAUGGAGCGGCUGGUGGUCGACGGCAAGGGGGAGGCGCGAGGAGGCGACCGCCCCAGCGCGUCCGACGAUCACGCCGACACCACAAAGGAGCCCGUCGCCUGCACCGGUGGCGAGAGCCGCGCCUUGUCACGUUGCUCGCUCACUGCCGCCGCCCCGGCGUGCGGCGGUGGAGGAAAUGCAGGGCAGCACGCCGCCGUAGCGAUGGACCAGAUGGAAGCGGAGCUCGAGGCAGAGCUGACGCGCUUGCAGUUCGCCACCUCGAACACCGACGAAUGCGCGACUCCUCGUCGAGAUCGUCAACUCGAGACUCAGCUGAAGAGCGACGGCGACGACGACGACGAGUCCACGGAGACGCACGCGGCCACCUUCGCCGCCGCCGACGACGACGCCGACACGGACGGUGUGGACGACGACACGCUAACCGAUCAAUUCGUCAACGACAACGACAGCGAAUCCGGCGAGGAGGAGACCGGGCCUCCGCCAUGCGGCGGCGUGUCGGCACGCGAGCUGGAGAGGAGGCUGCACGAGCUGCUCCAGUCGCAGCACGAGGAGCGGAUCGCCGAGCUGGAGACGGCGCUGGAGCGCGCCAAGAAGAAGCUGCAGGAGAAGGAGCGCGAGGUGUUCUGGUGGCGCAACACCGCCAAGCUCGUCACCCGCCACAAGGACGACUCGCGCCUCAGGUGACCUUAGCUUGCCAAGAAUCCACCAUGGCAGCUGCUACCUACGAACCUAAUCA